AUGCUCCUGAACACCACCAUCCCUCUGUCGGUGAACUUCGACAGCCCGGAGGACUUCCUCAUCUUCAUCUUCCACAUCCUGUUCGCGACGAGCGCCGUGCUGGUCGCCGGCUCGGUGGCCGUCGGGAUCCUGUCCACGCGGUCCCUGCGAGGCCAGAACCGCUUCAUGUUCAUGCUGAACACGAGCAUCAGUGACACCCUGACCGGCCUCUCGGUCUACUACCUGGGCCUCUUCGACGUCCAAGAGGGCUACCCCUCCAGAAACGGCACCUUCUACAUUUUACCUUCAUUUCUAGGUGUUAAUGUGUUAACUUUCCUCUUUGCUCAGUUUGACCGCUAUUUUGCUGUGUGCCACCCAUUCUUUUACAACCGCUACGUCACAAGGUCUGCUGUCUUUGCUAUUUGCGCGUUUUGUUGGAUUUACACAUACUCCAUCCUCACCGUGCAGAACAUGGUGCCUAUCUCAAAGGCGGCUCAGAUCAACGCCUUUGGUGUCAUGACUCUACAGAUUAUAGUACUGGUAAAAGUGACCAUGACAGUUAAAUUGUACAUCAUAGCCAGGAGUCAUCUGGUGAGGGAGGGCCCCAGCGCAGACAGGGAGUCGCUGCGCAUCAUCGUGUUUGUGGUCAUUAGUUUCUUGGCUCUGUGGUGUCCUUCCUUCGUCAACAUCAUCGUCAGACAGCUGACUAGAAAGGGGCUGAGGUCCAGAAACGAAGCCACGAACUUGUUCGCCACCAUGGCGCGCCUGAACGCACUGGUGACCCCGGCCGUGUACAUCUGGGGCAGCCCGGCGCUGCGGGCCGCCGUGUGGACGGCGGUGUGGCGGAGGGUCUGCCCCGGCCGCAGGCCCGGGGGGAGUCUCAACCCUGCCUUUUCAUGA